UCACAUAUAUUUAUCGCCAUCGCCAUCGCAUGUCUUCGUCGCCACCAGGCUCUCCCUCUCCGCUGGUUUACCUCCGCAGGAAAAGCAUCGUAUGAGAAGAAGAUCAUGCCUCCUGCUAACUCUCCAUCGCAACAUACCCCCGCUCUAUCGCCCCCGGCUCCGGCGUCCUCGUCAUUGUCGUCCCAGCAAUCAAGCGCUAUCCCGAUCCCUAUCUCGAACCUUCCUGCCCCGGCCGUCGAUAACGGUGCCCACGAUGAUAACGUGAGUUUUCUCCGGUCUCGCGUGCGCUCCUCCCCGGACUCUUCCUCGUUAAGUCGCCAACGCCGACGGCGACAACAGCAACAACAGCAACAACAGCAACAGCAACAGCAGAACAUUUCCGAGUUUGAUCCAGAUCCCAUGGAUGUAGACGGUCCACAAAGAUUGCGCACAUCAGAAUCUAACCGCCGGAUAUCUAUCGUGCGACGCCAACGAGACGAAUCGAACCAUAUGCCGAACUACGAAGGACGGAGUACGAACAUACGGUCGCUAUAUGGAUGGGCCCCUGGGUCAGAGGAGAAUGAGCAGGAAGAUGAACCGGCCUAUGAUCCGCUACCAGAAGGCUUUUCGUCGUGGUUUGGCCGGUUAUCAGAUCGCCAACCUGGGCAUAGACACCAUGCGCGAGAGCGAGAGAGAGAUGCAGUCAUCGCUCGAACGUUUGCAGAAGGCGUUGCAGAAGGGGAUCGCCAUCGAAUCGAUCCUUCCACGUCGAUGGCAGAGGCUCUGUUACAGUCUGUUAGACGACAACCACGCUUUUCACGGACCCGCACCCUUCAAAAUUAUCUUCUUGAUCGGGAACGAGCAGAUCGGGAUGCGGAAGAGAGUCGAGAACGCCAGGGACCGGCUCCGAGGGCAUAUCGAUUUCUUCCCACUAGCCGCGAAACACAUCGAAUACUUACACACAAUGAUCUGCGCGCGCGGAUCAGUGCCCACCGGCAAAUGCAUCUAGAUAAUCCACCUAGCCCGCGGUUAACAGAGACGAUCAAGUACCUUGAACGUCUGCGUGAUUCGAGCUCGCUCGAAGAGAGCGUUACCUCUGCUGCCGGGGGAGGGUUCACUCAGUGGGCACUAGAUGAUGACGACUUCAUUCUGGACACAGGAUCAGUACACCCGCCCGCGCACUGCUCAUGGUUAAGACCAGGAAUGGUAUUCUCGGGGUCACAAAAAGCAGCCGCCACUGGUCCCGGCACUCUUCUUCCACAACGCAUAUCCAGUCCUCCGCAAUCCUCUGCGAAUGACCCGAUCAUUGUCAAUGGUAGCAGCGAAGAUAGCGGUCGGGUAAAUGUGUAUACAACCAGCGGUCGUCGAUAUCUAGCAAACACCGUGUACAGUCUUGGGAAUAGUAGAGAUGAAAACUGGCCGGUCAGAGUCACCAUCCACGACAUCAAUCACGAAGACAUGACCUUGUCCGGGACAAUGGAAGCCUACAAUAUUCCCGACAAGACUUCUCCUUCUCAGGACGCACACAUUGUCACCUUCCUAGAAGGCGAAAUCAUCGAUUUCAACAAGCACACCCUCGAGACCCAAAACUUCAAAGCAGACGCAGAAAUCGACAGCACAUACUGGCGAGAAUUAGAGCCAUUCAAAAACCUCACAGACGAAGAAAUGACCAAAAACCUCGUGAGCCGGAAGUGGAUCACGGAAGAGUUGUCCAAGGGGUGGAUCUUGAUGCGUUGGAAGGAACGCUGCUUCAUCACCCCCACCGAUUCCCGCCAGGGCCUCACGAUCUUCGGAUUUUACUACGUCUCCCUCUGUCGAGAGACAGGCCAAAUCGAGGGCCUCUACUAUGAUCCCGGCAGCUCACCAUACCAGCAAUUAUCUUUGAAACCAGAGGAUACUAAGAUGGUGUUUCCAUCGUACCAGUUUCGAUAACCACAACCUUAUACAUAUCUUUUCUUUUCGUCCACAUUUAGGCGUUCAUUACAUGUCAGGGAUUGACAAGGAUUGGAGUUAGCCAUUUUGCAUAUAUCGGUGUUCUGUGCUAUAUGUCCAUUCUUUUACAUAUUUGGUUGAUUGGUAAAAUAGUGUACUUUACGUUAGAAUCUACUGAUCACUCUUUCUAACACUUCGAACAAUAGUUUGUGGAAAAAAUAUUGUUUGUAAGCAUGCAAUGCCACUCAUCAUGACACGCACAAACCCAAUGUUAGAUAGAUG